GAAAUUCUCUCCGUGUACAAACAAUUAAUUCAUUACAUUUGCGUUAAAAACUCGCGCAUUGUAUCCAAGUGCAGCUUGAGUGCAACUGAUGCAUUCGCAUAUGCGUCACAGUGGAAAAGUUUCCAAAGCAUUGAAGAAAACUGGACGUAACACGCACAGCGAAAAUGAAGUAAUUGUCACGUACAACUCGCGAGUAUACAAUAGCGUUGCGAGAAAAUUACAGCUGAUUUAAAUGAGAAACAGCGAGCACGCUUGCAAAAAAAAGAAGGAUAAACGUUGCGCGCGAGACAAUAUACCGGAAAGACAUAUUUUACUUAUUCUUGUACACAUAUAAAUGUCUUUAAUCAAUUCUCAUGAAAAUAAACGAAAUACGCAGUCUUUUGCGAAAACCCUUUAAUCACACAUCUAUGAUACGUGAUGGAACCAAUCUCCGAGAGCAAACUACCCCUCGCACGCGUGCGCGGUGCACAAAAGGGAAGGAGCUAGAGAAAGAGAGAAGACGAAGGAAGCAGAAACUCUUCGGAGAAGCUUCGACGAGGCGAAGGCAAGGUAAAAGUAACAGUAGAAGAGAGAACGCCCACCCCCGGGGCUGUCUUCUCUUUCCCUCUCGUCGAGCGAGUCAACCCCUCCAAUCUUGCCUUUCUCUCUCUCUCUCUCUCUCUCUUUCUCUAUCCAUCUUUUGGCGGGGGCACGCUCCAUCCGUGGGCACAACCCGGGCCACGAGUCACAGGCCACGCGGACCUGCCCGAUGCAACAUCCAGCACGCGACGACACGCUACCGUCACCUUCUGUCUGCCCCCCCUUUCUCGUUCUCUCCCUCUCGGUUCGUUUCUCAGUCCCUCUCUCUUUCUCUCUUUCGUUCAUUCUCUUUCCAUCUUCCUCGUCGUCGCGUAUAUACACACACGACGCGUACGACCGAGCCAGGAGUAGACACGAGUACAGGCGGUGGCAAGAGGGUACGGGGGACCUGACCGAAAGCAAAGCCCGUAACCCCCGUUUGCGGGCCGAGCCCACUUCAGACACGCCGUGUCCUCCGCGUGGUCCACAUCAUCCCGUCCUGACCGCUUCUGUCUCUCUCGCUCGCGCGCGCGCGCACGCACGCACGCCCGCGUAUAUCUCUCGCGCCCUUGCCGUAUUCCGCUCGUCUGUGCCCGUCCACACAGUUCUCCCUCUUACCGCUGACGUACGUCCUUCUCCUCGCGAGCGCGUUCGCCGAGAACCGACCGCAGUUUGCCCUCGCGUCGCGCGGACUUGGCCGACUACCAGGAGUAGCUGCACGUGUCUUGUGGUACCGAGGCGAUUUGAGAAGCGCCGGUUUCGAGAACAGGCGGAGGAGAAGUCGAUGGAGCGACGAGGGAGAGACUCCUGAGGAGAGAGUCGGAAGUUGAACGCGUGGUUAUCAGUGAAUCCUGGCAACGACCGAGUGGAAGAGAAUUAGUUUGUUCCGGAUGAUUAUUCACCCGGAUUCUCGAUGAGGUGGAAACCUGUCGAGAGAUAUAUUUACGAGCGCGCGAUUAAUCGCGAUUAAUCGGAUGGCUAGGGAACAUCGUGAUGACCCCGAAUAAAAGAGAAACCUUCCAUCUCGCGACUUCAACAUCAAGGACGACAGUCGAGUCGACGCGUUUCCGCGCGGGUAUCGGAGCGGAAUAAGAACAGGGAACGGACGACAGGGAAGGUAGAUAAAGAGCAGAUUAUCGGAAGGUGGUCGUUGAGGAAAAAAGAAAGACACCUUCAUCUUGUUGUCAUCCGACAACUCGUGCGCUCGUGGGUGCACUGUUUUACACGCAUAGAAGAGUCAACCUCCUUCACUGAUUUGUUAUCCAUCUCUUUCCGGCCUUUCGUGUCACAUCCACGUCUCAUUGCCGUGAAAGCGAAGUCAUUUCCUGCGUGAGUCGAGCACGCGACGAGACACGCCAGGACUCCCAAAGACGACCCUCAACAUGACGACGUUGUAUCGGUAUCCAUUUCGACGCGAACUAGUUUGAAGGGACGACGCCGAAGCAGAAGACCGGAGCGAAGGCACUCGAAUGCUCGGAAGCUGAGGAGUAUCACCAGGAGGGCCGAUACCAGAGAAAAAGUCAACAGAUUCACGUGAUUGCUCGUCGCCGACAUGCCGCACACUGGACAAGCCGGGGUAAAUCAAUUAGGCGGCGUUUUUGUGAACGGCAGACCCUUGCCGGACUGCGUGCGCCAGAGAAUCGUGCAGCUAGCCAUGGUCGGCGUCAGGCCGUGUGACAUUUCGCGGCAGCUACUCGUCUCUCACGGCUGCGUCUCCAAGAUCCUCACGAGAUUCUACGAGACGGGAAGUAUCCGGCCCGGCAGCAUCGGCGGAAGCAAGACCAAGCAAGUGGCCACGCCGACGGUAGUGAAGAAGAUUCUACGGAUGAAGCAGGAACAGCCGACGAUGUUCGCGUGGGAGAUCCGCGAGCAGCUCGCGCGCCAGGGUGCCUGCGAUCCCCAGAGUUUACCAUCGGUAUCCUCGGUUAAUCGUAUUCUCCGAGGUGGCGGACUCCACACCGAUAUCCCCACCAUUGAGAGCGGCACAUCCGGCGGAUACACGUCACAAAUUCCGUCGAACGCCGGAACCAGAGAUACACUUAUGAGAACGGACUAUCAGCUGUUCUAUCCGGGUGCCCUAGGUCCAUUGCACAUCUCCACAAACAACAGCAACACCGGCACGCCGUCUUGGAAUCAGAGUUUUUACUCGUCCCUCUACCAAGCGACGACUUUGCACUUGCAGCACGGGAUGCAGUCAUUCGCACCUUUGGACGCUGAACGUCUGUCGGAACAAAACGGCGCGCAGAAUCAGCUGGAGUUGAAGUCGAGCUCGAGCUCGACGGCCGGCAGCGACGAUUCGCUGGAUAAGAGCGAUCUAGACGAGAAUCUUGUCGAUUCGCAGGACCAUUACAAGUCCUUCCGGAGCACCCCGAUCAUUUUGGAGCUUAGCCAGAAAAUCGGCAGCGAUCGGAGCGCAUUCGUCAGGCAUGCCACGCCCAAUUCGCACGUUAUAAACUUGGACAACCCUCGGGAGAGCCCGUUAUCAGUCGUCGAAACCUUGAAGCAGGAUCGUCCAACGUCACACAGGAUUUCCGAGGCGAAGAACACGAAUCCGAGUUCGACGACGAUGACGACGAUGACGAACGAAAGCGCGGCGGUGGAAAAUCAGCCGCCGCAGCCGCAGAAGAAGAAGAAUCCUUACUCGAUAGAAGAGUUACUGAAGAAAGACGAAAGCAAAUCUCCACCCAGGAGGCCGAGAUUGCCCAAUAUCGGCGUGGUGCAACCCUGUGGGAUCGUCGUCAGUAAGGAGAUGUAAGAGGAUAUCUCGGAUGAGGAGCUUUUAAGACGCGUUGUGUAUUUAAUUACAAAGCGCGAACUAUAUCGUGAUAAUCAGAUUGAUGACGAAUCUCUGAGAACGUUGUACGAUGUAACAGCGUACAUCGUCGACUAUAGAUACGUGUGUAGUAUUGCCAGGUGUAGAGAAAUAAUGAGCAAAGCGCGUUCAAUGAAAAUUGAACGAUUCCCUAUGUAACUUUUGAGAGUUAUUUCUUUGCACCUGCGAUGAAUAAUCUUUGCGGGUACAAUGAGAGAGUAGCGAAUGUCCUAUAAGUGUCUAACUUAGAAGUAUCGAUUAAGCAUAUAGGAGUUGAUGAAAAAGAUUAGAAGAGCGGACGGGGAGAUUGAAGUUUUCUCCUUUGAGAGAGAACGUGGCUGUCUUGUGAAGUAAAAUAAGAGAAACGAUACGCGCGAAUCCAUACGUAAUACGUUAAGAUCGAUGACUGUAUUAUCGAUUGUAACUUGUAACGCGUAGUAAAGUAUACGUAAUCUCUCUUUGUGUAAGUUAACUUAUAAUUAAUUAUUUUUUUCCCUUUUUUUUCUCUUGGAACACCGGCGUUGCUCUCAUCUACGUUCGAAUACACGACUGUUAAUCGCUUCAAGAAUUUAAGACUUCUGCUUAAACUUAUUGUAUGUCCACAGCGACGUAAAACCGCUAAUUACAAUCAAGUACAUUUUUUUCACUGAAUUAUCUUACAAUUUGUCGAAUUCGUCACCGACGAUGAAAUAUCAAUUAAUGUCGCCAGUCUCUCUCGCACCCUAAUUAUCACAUUAACGUAACACAAUAAUUUCAGACCGCCAUGUCACACGAUGAAAUUCGACAUUAUCGCACAGGCUUUAUGAAAACAAAAUUGAUUCGAGAUAUAAUUCCACGCUAACCGAAAAUAAAUGCGAUAUACGACGUCUAUAUAAUAAAAGUCGCGACAGCGAAAAUUUUCUUUCUUUUUCAUUCGAAUAAUAAUCUACUAAACUUUAGGCGUCUUCGACAGCCUGUUCGCCGAAACGUCGAACGGGCAAUUACGCGUCCCUAUUGUGCGACUCUUGGCACUUUAGAGCCCGAUGCGAAAUAGCAUCGUUGCGCGAUGCCGUUAUACCGGCACGGAGGAUCGAGAAAUUAAAUGAAAGCCUAUAAUAAACAAACGGCCGUAAAGCAGAUGCGGAUGGAAUAUACGCGCGGCGGCGGUGGCUGCAGCAGUAAAGCCAUAAACGAUUCGUUCGAGGGUGUCAUACGUGUGACACGCCGUGUGUAUAUCUUGUAAAAUACGACGAUGCGUCGCUCGCGUAAAAAAAAAGAGGGAAAUUAAACAGCGACGUUACAUCGAGCGGCAUCUCUCUCUUUCUCUCUCUAUCUCUUUUUGCAUUUACAACGUUGUAAACCUUUGUAUCUCAUUCCUCAUCGCGGACUAAUUAAUGCGCUAUAAAAACACCAGUGCUUUAAUGUCGAACGAUUUGCUCGCUUUGCUGUCUCGCGCCUGCCAAUUGUGCAUUCUCGUGAGCUAUUUUGAGCUGACGUCUCGAUCUUUUGCGAAAGAGAGAAAUAUCGGCAUCGCGCGCUUUCUUUAUGAUGAAUCUUCUUUCGAAAAGAAGAGUUCAUCGCAAAAUUGGCUCAAUCCGAUAUCCGCAUGCGAAGAGAAACCGCGAGAGUAACCUGGGUGCGCUUUUACGUAAACGGAAAUUAUCGCUAACGCUCAAACUUCUCUUUUCUUUUAUUUGCCAUACACGGAGAUUAUUAGACCUUAAGAUGAGUGUGAAACACAUCUUCCUCGAAAGGGAAGAGAUCCGUUAUUCGUGUAGGCUUGAAAUAUUUAUUUUAGAUUUAGAUAUUGCGAAGUUAUACGAAUGAGCAUUCCGUGUUUCGAAAAUUAUUCGCGAAUUAUAUUAAAUAAAAAAAAGAGAUGAGAUAAAAUCUCGAUUCAAAUGUCCACCACACACAGUCCAAGAUAAUUUUUAGAUUUGAGAGAAAGUACUUGUCAACUUUACAUUUACACAGAAUGCUCAUAUAGAGAGAGAUCUGAUAUAAUUAGAAUAAUAGUUCUGUACAAUAAUUGUGGUCGAACAGUCUUCUCGUGGGUCUCUAAAUGACUUUAAAGAUGAUCUCUUUCAGAAUUAGGAUUAAAGAUGGAAAACGCGAAAUAUAAAGUAAAUAAACUGCGAUUUGAAUCAAACGCAAAGGAUUUUGAAUCAGAUUUUUAAGAUAUAAUUAUAGGCGAUUCGUUUUAAACUUUAAAGUAUCGCCGCGACAGACCUACGCGGGAGACCGUCGCCUAAAAAAUCAUGCAAGUUUAUCGACUAAUUAAUACUCGUAAUAAACUUAUCCUGUAUAAUAUCAUUAAAUACACUAGUCAAAGUGACAUAUAUGCCGUGUUUGCCUUGCACGUCUUUAUGUUCGGCAUGUUUUAUGCAUACGUCAACGAGUUAUAAGAGAACGACAGCGACCGCAGAAAUAAUAGUAUUGCAUACCAAAACGCACAUCGAAGCCGAUGUAAUAAUAAUAAUUUGACGACUUUUACGAUCCAACA